GGAAGCGCAAGGCCAGGCAGCCUCCUCCGCAGGGGUAGUGCUUCGGCUCUGGAGCCGCCCAGGGUGGGACCCAGAAGACUCCCAGGAUCAGAACUGGGCCGGUUCACAAGAGCGGCGGAGAGGCGUCACAUCCGCCAGCAAAGGGGACCCUCUCCAUAGUCCCCCACCGGCCCCCACCGGCUUGGGCUGCUCACCCCCCACCCCACAUGGUGCCUGGAUCUGAUGGGAGGCUGCAUGAAAGAAUUCACAAAGGCAUGAAGCCCUAUGAAUGCUUAGAGUGCGGGAAGAGUUUUAAUUGGAGCUCAAAACUUGAUACCCAUUACAGGAUCCACACAGGAGAGAAGCCUUAUCAAUGUUUAGAGUGUGGGAAGAGUUUCAGUCAGAGGUCAGACCUUAACACUCAUCAAAGGAUCCACACAGGAGAGAAGCCUUAUAAAUGCUCAGAGUGUGGGAAGAGUUUCAGUCAGAGUUCAGCCCUUAACACCCAUCACUGGAUCCACACAGGAGAGAAGCCCUAUAAAUGCUUAGAUUGUGGGAAGAGUUUCAGUCAGAGUUCAGACCUUAACACUCAUCAAAGGAUCCACACAGGAGAGAAGCCUUAUAAAUGCUCAGAGUGUGGGAAGAGUUUCAGACACAGUUCAACCCUUAACACCCAUCUCGGGAUCCACACAGGCGAGAAGCCUUAUAAAUGCUUAGAGUGCGAGAAGAGUUUCAGUCACAGCUCAUACCUUAACGCCCAUCACCGGAUCCACACAGGCGAGAAGCCUUAUAAAUGCUUAGAGUGUGGGAAGAGUUUCAGUCAGGGUUCAGGCCUUGACACCCAUCAAAGGACCCACACAGGGGAGAAGCCUUAUAAAUGCUUAGAGUGUGGGAAGAGUUUCUGUCGGAGUUCAGGCCUUGACACUCAUCACAGGAUCCACACAGGCGAGAAGCCUUAUAAAUGCUUAGAGUGCGGGAAGAGUUUCAGACACAGUUCAACCCUUAACAACCAUCUCGGGAUUCACACAGGGGAGAAGCCUUAUAAAUGCUUAGAGUGUGGGAAGAGUUUCAAUUCUAGAAAUAGCCUUAAAAAUCAUCACAGAAGCCACACUGGUGAGAAGCCCUAUAAAUGCCUAGAGUGUGGGAAGAGUUUCUCUCAGAGUUCAGGCCUUGACACCCAUCACAGGAUCCACACAGAGGAGAAGCCUUAUAAAUGCUUAGAGUGUGGGAAGAGUUUCAGGUACAGCUCAAACCUUGACAACCAUCAAAGGAUCCACACAGGCGAGAAGACUUUUAAAUGCUUAGAGUGCGGGAAGAGUUUCAGGUACAGCUCAACCCUUAACACCCAUCACAGGAUCCACACAGGCGAGAAGCCUUAUAAAUGCUUAGUGUGCGGGAAGAGUUUCAAUCGGAGCUCAAACCUUAACACCCAUCACAGGAUCCACACUGGUGAGAAGCCCUAUAAAUGCUUAGAGUGUGGGAAGAGUUUCAGUCAGAAUUCAGGCCUUGAGACCCAUCACAGGAUCCACACAGGCGAGAAGCCUUAUAAAUGCUCAGAGUGUGGGAAGAGUUUCAGUCAGAGUUCAGGCCUUGAGACCCAUCACAGGAUCCACACUGGUGAGAAGCCCUAUAAAUGCUUAGAGUGUGGGAAGAGUUUCAUGUACAGCUUAAACCUUGACAACCAUCAAAAGAUCCACACAGGGGAGAAGCCUUAUAAAUGCUCAGAGUGUGGGAAGAGUUUCUGUCGGAGUUCGGACCUUAACGCCCAUCACAGGAUCCACACAGGCGAGAAGCCUUAUAAAUGCUUAGAGUGUGGGAAGAGUUUCAAUUAUAGAAAUAACCUUAAAAGACAUCACAGGAUCCACACUGGUGAGAAGCCCUAUAAAUGCUUAGAGUGUGGGAAGAGUUUCAGUCAGAGUUCAGGCCUUGAGACCCAUCACAGGAUCCACACAGGCGAGAAGCCUUAUAAAUGCUCAGAGUGUGGGAAGAGUUUCAGUCAGAGUUCAGGCCUUGAGACCCAUCACAGGAUCCACACUGGUGAGAAGCCCUAUAAAUGCUUAGAGUGUGGGAAGAGUUUCAGGUACAGCUCAAACCUUGACAACCAUCAAAAGAUCCACACAGGGGAGAAGCCUUAUAAAUGCUCAGAGUGUGGGAAGAGUUUCAGUCAGAGUUCAGGCCUUGAGGCCCAUCACAGGAUCCACACUGGUGAGAAGCCCUAUAAAUGCUUAGAGUGUGGGAAGAGUUUCAGGUACAGCUUAAACCUUGACAACCAUCAAAAGAUCCACACAGGGGAGAAGCCUUAUAAAUGCUCAGAGUGUGGGAAGAGUUUCUGUCAGAGUUCGGACCUUAACGCCCAUCACAGGAUCCACACAGGCGAGAAGCCUUAUAAAUGCUUAGAGUGUGGGAAGAGUUUCAGUUAUAGAAAUAGCCUUAAAAGACAUCACAGGAUCCACACUGGUGAGAAGCCCUAUAAAUGCUUAGAGUGUGGGAAGAGUUUCAGUCAGAGUUCAGGCCUUGAGACCCAUCACAGGAUUCACACAGGCGAGAAGCCUUAUAAAUGCUCAGAGUGUGGGAAGAGUUUCAGUCAGAGUUCAGGCCUUGAGACCCAUCACAGGAUCCACACUGGUGAGAAGCCCUAUAAAUGCUUAGAGUGUGGGAAGAGUUUCAGGUACAGCUCAAACCUUGACAACCAUCAAAAGAUCCACACAGGGGAGAAGCCUUAUAAAUGCUCAGAGUGUGGGAAGAGUUUCAGUCAGAGUUCAGGCCUUGAGGCCCAUCACAGGAUCCACACCGGUGAGAAGCCCUAUAAAUGCUUAGAGUGUGGGAAGAGUUUCAGUCAGAGUUCAGAACUUAACACUCAUUACAGGAUCCACACAGGGGAGAAGCCCUAUAAAUGCUCAGAGUGUGGAAAGAGUUUCAGUGAGAGUUCAAACCUUAACGCCCAUCACAGGAUCCACACAGGCGAGAAGCCUUAUAAAUGCUCAGAGUGUGGGAAGAGUUUCAUUUACUUCUCAAGCCUUGACACCCAUCACAGGAUCCACACAGGGGAGAAGCCUUAUAAAUGCUCAGAGUGUGGGAAGAGUUUCAGUAAGAGUUCAAGCCUUGACACCCAUCACAGGAUCCACACAGGAGAGAAGCCUUAUAAAUGCUCAGAGUGUGGGAAGAGUUUCAGUCAGAGUUCAGGCCUUGACACCCAUCACAGGAUCCACACAGGAGAGAAGCCUUAUAAGUGCUUAGAGUGUGGGAAGAGUUUCAGUUAUAGAAACAGCCUUAAAAGACAUCACAGAAUCCACACCGGGGAGAAGCCUUAUAAAUGCUCAGAGUGUGGGAAGAGUUUCAGUCAGAGUUCAGACCUUAACACCCAUCACAGGAUCCACACAGGGGAGAAGCCUUAUAAAUGCUCAGAGUGUGGGAAGAGUUUUCGUCGGAGCUCAAAUCUUGAUGCCCAUCACAGGAUCCACACAGGAGAGAAGCCCUAUAAAUGCUUAGAAUGUGGGAAGAGUUUUAAUUCUAGAAAUAGCCUUAAAAGUCAUCACACGAUCCACACAUGAGAGAAGCCCUAUAAAUGCUUAUAGUGUGGGAAGAGUUUCAGUCAGAGUUCAGACCUUAACACUCAUCACAGGAUCCACACAGGGUAGGGUGACCAUAUAAAAAGGGAGAAGCCCCAUAAAUGCCUAGAGUGUGGGAAGAGUUUCAGUCAGAGUUCAGCCCUUAACACUCAUCGCAGGAUCCACACUGGAGAGAAGCCUUAUAAAUGCCUAGAGUGUGGGAAGAGUUUCAGUUAUAGAAACAGCCUUAAAAGACAUCACAUGAUCCAUGACGGGGAGAAGCCUUAUAAAUGCUUAGAGUGUGGGAAGAGUUUCGGGUACAGCUCAACCCUUAACACCCAUCACAGGAUCCACACAGGCAUGAAGCCCUAUGAAUGCUUCGAGUGCAGGAAGAGUUUUAGUCGGAGCUCAAAACUUGAUGCCCAUCACAGGAUCCACACAGGAGAGAAGCCUUAUCAAUGUUUAGAGUGUGGGAAGAGUUUCCGUCAUAGUUCAGCUCUUAACACCCAUCACAGGAUCCACCCAGGAGAGAAGCCCUAUAAAUGCCUAGAGUGUGGGAAGAGUUUCCGUCAUAGUUCAGCUCUUAACACCCAUCACAGGAUCCACAAAGGAGAGAAGCCUUAUCAAUGUUUAGAGUGUGGGAAGAGUUUCAGUCAUAGUUCAGCCCUUAACACCCAUCACAGGAUCCACACAGGAGAGAAGCCUUAUCAAUGUUUAGAGUGUGGGAAGAGUUUCAGUCAGAGAUCAUACUGUAACACUCAUCACAGGAUCCACACAGGAGAGAAGCCCUAUAAAUGCCUAGAGUGUGGGAAGAGUUUCAGUCAUAGUUCAGACCUUAACACUCAUCACAAGAUCCACACAGGCGAGAAGCCUUAUAAAUGCUUAGAGUAGUGCGGGAAGAGUUUUAAUUGGAGCUCAAAACUUGAUACCCAUUACAGGAUCCACACAGGAGAGAAGCCUUAUCAAUGUUUAGAGUGUGGGAAGAGUUUCAGUCAGAGGUCAGACCUUAACACUCAUCAAAGGAUCCACACAGGAGAGAAGCCUUAUAAAUGCUCAGAGUGUGGGAAGAGUUUCAGUCAGAGUUCAGCCCUUAACACCCAUCACUGGAUCCACACAGGAGAGAAGCCCUAUAAAUGCUUAGAGUGUGGGAAGAGUUUCAGUCAGAGUUCAGACCUUAACACUCAUCAAAGGAUCCACACAGGAGAGAAGCCUUAUAAAUGCUCAGAGUGUGGGAAGAGUUUCAGACACAGUUCAACCCUUAACACCCAUCUCGGGAUCCACACAGGCGAGAAGCCCUAUAAAUGCUUAGAGUGCGAGAAGAGUUUCAGUCACAGCUCAUACCUUAACGCCCAUCACCGGAUCCACACAGGCGAGAAGCCUUAUAAAUGCUUAGAGUGUGGGAAGAGUUUCAGUCAGGGUUCAGGCCUUGACACCCAUCAGAGGACCCACACAGGGGAGAAGCCUUAUAAAUGCUUAGAGUGUGGGAAGAGUUUCUGUCGGAGUUCAGGCCUUGACACUCAUCACAGGAUCCACACAGGCGAGAAGCCUUAUAAAUGCUUAGAUUGCGGGAAGAGUUUCAGACACAGUUCAACCCUUAACAACCAUCUCGGGAUUCACACAGGGGAGAAGCCUUAUAAAUGCUUAGAGUGUGGGAAGAGUUUCAAUUCUAGAAAUAGCCUUAAAAAUCAUCACAGAAGCCACACUGGUGAGAAGCCCUAUAAAUGCCUAGAGUGUGGGAAGAGUUUCUCUCAGAGUUCAGGCCUUGACACCCAUCACAGGAUCCACACAGAGGAGAAGCCUUAUAAAUGCUUAGAGUGUGGGAAGAGUUUCAGGUACAGCUCAAACCUUGACAACCAUCAAAGGAUCCACACAGGCGAGAAGACUUUUAAAUGCUUAGAGUGCGGGAAGAGUUUCAGGUACAGCUCAACCCUUAACACCCAUCACAGGAUCCACACAGGCGAGAAGCCUUAUAAAUGCUUAGUGUGCGGGAAGAGUUUCAAUCGGAGCUCAAACCUUAACACCCAUCACAGGAUCCACACAGGAGAGAAGCCCAUAAAUCCUUAUCAAUGUUUAGAGUGUGGGAAGAGUUUCAAUUUUAGAAAUUGCCUUAAAAGACAUCACAGGAUCCACACUGGUGAGAAGCCUUAUAAAUGCUCAGAGUGUGGGAAGAGUUUCAGUCAGAGUUCAGGCCUUGAGACCCAUCACAGGAUCCACACUGGUGAGAAGCCCUAUAAAUGCUUAGAGUGUGGGAAGAGUUUCAUGUACAGCUUAAACCUUGACAACCAUCAAAAGAUCCACACAGGGGAGAAGCCUUAUAAAUGCUCAGAGUGUGGGAAGAGUUUCUGUCGGAGUUCGGACCUUAACGCCCAUCACAGGAUCCACACAGGCGAGAAGCCUUAUAAAUGCUUAGAGUGUGGGAAGAGUUUCAAUUAUAGAAAUAACCUUAAAAGACAUCACAGGAUCCACACUGGUGAGAAGCCCUAUAAAUGCUUAGAGUGUGGGAAGAGUUUCAGUCAGAGUUCAGGCCUUGAGACCCAUCACAGGAUCCACACUGGUGAGAAGCCCUAUAAAUGCUUAGAGUGUGGGAAGAGUUUCAGGUACAGCUCAAACCUUGACAACCAUCAAAAGAUCCACACAGGGGAGAAGCCUUAUAAAUGCUCAGAGUGUGGGAAGAGUUUCAGUCAGAGUUCAGGCCUUGAGGCCCAUCACAGGAUCCACACUGGUGAGAAGCCCUAUAAAUGCUUAGAGUGUGGGAAGAAUUUCAGGUACAGCUUAAACCUUGACAAGCAUCAAAAGAUCCACACGGGGGAGAAGCCUUAUAAAUGCUCAGAGUGUGGGAAGAGUUUCUGUCAGAGUUCGAACCUUAACGCCCAUCACAGGAUCCACACAGGCGAGAAGCCUUAUAAAUGCUUAGAGUGUGGGAAGAGUUUCAGUUAUAGAAAUAGCCUUAAAAGACAUCACAGGAUCCACACUGGUGAGAAGCCCUAUAAAUGCUUAGAGUGUGGGAAGAGUUUCAGUCAGAGUUCAGGCCUUGAGACCCAUCACAGGAUCCACACAGGCGAGAAGCCUUAUAAAUGCUCAGAGUGUGGGAAGAGUUUCAGUCAGAGUUCAGGCCUUGAGACCCAUCACAGGAUCCACACUGGUGAGAAGCCCUAUAAAUGCUUAGAGUGUGGGAAGAGUUUCAGGUACAGCUCAAACCUUGACAACCAUCAAAAGAUCCACACAGGGGAGAAGCCUUAUAAAUGCUCAGAGUGUGGGAAGAGUUUCAGUCAGAGUUCAGGCCUUGAGACCCAUCACAGGAUCCACACUGGUGAGAAGCCCUAUAAAUGCUUAGAGUGUGGGAAGAGUUUCAGUCAGAGUUCAGAACUUAACACUCAUUACAGGAUCCACACAGGGGAGAAGCCCUAUAAAUGCUCAGAGUGUGGGAAGAGUUUCAGUGAGAGUUCAAACCUUAACGCCCAUCACAGGAUCCACACAGGCGAGAAGCCUUAUAAAUGCUCAGAGUGUGGGAAGAGUUUCAUUUACUUCUCAAGCCUUGACACCCAUCACAGGAUCCACACAGGGGAGAAGCCUUAUAAAUGCUCAGAGUGUGGGAAGAGUUUCAGUAAGAGUUCAAGCCUUUACACCCAUCACAGGAUCCACACAGGAGAGAAGCCUUAUAAAUGCUCAGAGUGUGGGAAGAGUUUCAGUCAGAGUUCAGGCCUUGACACCCAUCACAUGAUCCACACAGGAGAGAAGCCUUAUAAGUGCUUAGAGUGUGGGAAGAGUUUCAGUUAUAGAAACAGCCUUAAAAGACAUCACAGAAUCCACACCGGGGAGAAGCCUUAUAAAUGCUCAGAGUGUGGGAAGAGUUUCAGUCAGAGUUCAGACCUUAACACCCAUCACAGGAUCCACACAGGGGAGAAGCCUUAUAAAUGCUCAGAGUGUGAGAAGAGUUUUCGUCGGAGCUCAAAUCUUGAUGCCCAUCACAGGAUCCACACAGGAGAGAAGCCCUAUAAAUGCUUAUAAUGUGGGAAGAGUUUUAAUUCUAGAAAUAGCCUUAAAAGUCAUCACACGAUCCACACAUGAGAGAAGCCCUAUAAAUGCUUAUAGUGUGGGAAGAGUUUCAGUCAGAGUUCAGACCUUAACACUCAUCACAGGAUCCACACAGGGUAGGGGGAGAAGCCCCAUAAAUGCCUAGAGUGUGGGAAGAGUUUCAGUCAGAGUUCAGCCCUUAACACUCAUCGCAGGAUCCACACUGGAGAGAAGCCUUAUAAAUGCCUAGAGUGUGGGAAGAGUUUCAGUUAUAGAAACAGCCUUAAAAGACAUCACAUGAUCCAUGCAGGGGAGAAGCCUUAUAAAUGCUUAGAGUGUGGGAAGAGUUUCGGGUACAGCUCAACCCUUAACACCCAUCACAGGAUCCACACAGGCAUGAAGCCCUAUGAAUGCUUCGAAUGCGGGAAGAGUUUUAGUCGGAGCUCAAGACUUGAUGCCCAUCACAGGAUCCACACAGGAGAGAAGCCUUAUCAAUGUUUAGAGUGUGGGAAGAGUUUCCGUCAUAGUUCAGCUCUUAACACCCAUCACAGGAUCCACACAGGAGAGAAGCCCUAUAAAUGCCUAGAGUGUGGGAAGAGUUUCCGUCAUAGUUCAGCUCUUAACACCCAUCACAGGAUCCACAAAGGAGAGAAGCCUUAUCAAUGUUUAGAGUGUGGGAAGAGUUUCAGUCAUAGUUCAGCCCUUAACACCCAUCACAGGAUCCACACAGGAGAGAAGCCUUAUCAAUGUUUAGAGUGUGGGAAGAGUUUCAGUCAGAGAUCAUACUGUAACACUCAUCACAGGAUCCACACAGGAGAGAAGCCCUAUAAAUGUCUAGAGUGUGGGAAGAGUUUCAGUCAUAGUUCAGCCCUUAACACCCAUCACAGGAUCCACACAGGAGAGAAGCCUUAUCAAUGUUUAGAGUGGGGGAAGAGUUUCAGUCAGAGAUCAUACUGUAACACUCAUCACAGGAUCCACACAGGAGAGAAGCCCUAUAAAUGCCUAGAGUGUGGGAAGAGUUUCAGUCAGAGUUCAGACCUUAACACUCAUCACAGGAUCCACACAGGAGAGAAGCCUUAUAAAUGCUCAGAGUGUGGGAAGAGUUUCAGUCAGAGAUCAUACUGUAACACUCAUCACCGGAUCCACGCAGGAGGGAAGCCUUAUAAAUGCUUAGAGUGUGGGAAGAGUUUCUGUCAGAGUUCAGCCCUUAACACUCAUCACAGGAUCCACACAGGAGAGAAGCCUUAUAAAUGCUUAGAGUGUGGGAAGAGUUUCAGUUAUAGAAAUAUCCUUAACACUCAUCACAGGAUCCACACAGGAGAGAAGCCCUAUAAAUGCUUAGAGUGUGGGAAGAGUUUCAAUGAUAGAAAUAGUCUUAAAAAUCAUCACAGGAUCCACACAGGCGAGAAGCCCUAUAAAUGCUCAGAGUGUGGGAAGAGUUUCAGUCGGAGUUCAAGCCUUGACACCCAUCACAGGAUCCACACAGGAGAGAAGCCUUAUAAAUGCUUAGAGUGUGGGAAGAGUUUCAGUUAUAGAAAUAGUCUUAAAAAUCAUCACUGGAUCCACACUGGUGAGAAGCCCUAUAAAUGCUUAGAAUGUGGGAAAAGUUUCAGUCACAGUUCAGUCCUUAACACUCAUCACAGGAUCCACACAGGCGAGAAGCCCUAUAAAUGCUUAGAGUGUGGGAAGAGUUUCAGUCAGAGUUCAAGCCUUGACACCCAUCACAGGAUCCACACAGGAGAGAAGCCCUAUACAUGCUUAGAGUGUGGGAAGAGUUUCAGUUAUAGAAGUAGCCUUAAAAAUCAUCACAGGAUCCACACAGGCGAGACCCAUAAAUGUUUAGAAUGCUGAAAGAGCUUCAAUGACCAUACAACCUUUAGAAGACAUCGAAGUAUUCACACUGGCAUGAAGCCCUAUGAAUGCUUCGAGUGCGGGAAGAGUUUUAGUCGGAGCUCAAGACUUGAUGCCCAUCACAGGAUCCACACAGGAGAGAAGCCUUAUCAAUGUUUAGAGUGUGGGAAGAGUUUCAAUUUUAGAAAUAGCCUUAACAAUCAUCACAGGAUCCACACAGGGGAGAAGCCUUAUAAAUGCUCAGAGUGUGGGAAGAGUUUCAGUCAGAGUUCAGACCUUAACACUCAUCACAUGACCCACACAGGGGAGAAGCCCCAUAAAUGCUUAGAAUGUGGGAAGAGUUUCAGUUCUAGAAAUAGCCUUAAAAGGCAUCACACGAUCCACACAGGAGAGAAGUCCUAUAAAUGCUUAGAGUGUGGGAAGAGUUUCAGUCAGAGUUCAGACCUUAACACUCAUCACAGGAUCCACACAGGGGAGAAGCCUUAUAAAUGUUCAGAGUGUGGGAAGAGUUUCAGUCAGAGUUCAGACCUUAACACCCAUCACAGGAUCCACACAGGGGAGAAGCCUUAUAAAUGCUCAGAGUGUGGGAAGAGUUUCAGUCAGAGUUCAUACCUUAACACUCAUCACAGGAUCCACACAGGGGAGAAGCCCUAUAAAUGCUUAGAGUGUGGGAAGAGUUUCAAUUCUAGAAAUAGCCUUAAAAGGCAUCACACGAUCCACACAGGAGAGAAGUCCUAUAAAUGCUUAGAGUGUGGGAAGAGUUUCAGUCAGAGUUCAGACCUUAACACUCAUCACAGGAUCCACACAGGGGAGAAGCCUUAUAAAUGCUCAGAGUGUGGGAAGAGUUUCAGUCAGAGUUCAGACCUUAACACCCAUCACAGGAUCCACACAGGGGAGAAGACUUAUAAUUGCUCAGAGUGUGGGAAGAGUUUUAGUCGGAGCUCAAGUCUUGAUGCCCAUCACAGGAUCCACACAGGAGAGAAGCCCUAUAAAUGCUCAGAGUGUGGGAAGAGUUUUAGUCGGAGCUCAAGUCUUGAUGCCCAUCACAGGAUCCACACAGGGGAGAAGCCCUAUAAAUGCUUAGAGUGUGGGAAGAGUUUCAGUUAUAGAAAUAGCCUUAAAAGACAUCACAUGAUCCAUGCUGGCAAGAAGCCUUAUAAAUGCUUAGAGUGUGGGAAGAGUUUCAGUUAUAGAAACAGCCUUAAAAGACAUCACAUGAUCCAUGCAGGGGAGAAGCCUUACAAAUGCUUAGAGUGUGGGAAGAGUUUCAGGUACAGCUCAAACCUUAACACCCAUCACAGGAUCCACACAGGCGAGAAGCCCAUAAAUGUUUAGAAUGCUGAAAGAAGUUUUAGUCGGAGCUCAAGUCUUGAUGCCCAUCACAGGAUCCACACAGGAGAGAAGCCUUAUCAAUGUUUAGAGUGUGGGAAGAGUUUCAAUUUUGGAAAUAGCCUUAAAAGACAUCACAGGAUCCACACUGGUGAGAAGCCCUAUAAAUGCUUAGAGUGUGGGAAGAGUUUCAGUUACAGCUUAAACCUUGACAGCCAUCAAAAGAUCCACACAGGGGAGAAGCCUUAUAAAUGCUCAGAGUGUGGGAAGAGUUUCUGUCAGAGUUCAGGCUUUGAGACCCAUCACAGGAUCCACACAGGCGAGAAGGCCUAUAAAUGCUCAGAGUGUGGGAAGAGUUUCAGUCAGAGUUCAGACCUUAACAUCCAUCACAGGAUCUACACAGGCGAGAAGCCUUAUAAAUGCUUAGAGUGUGGGAAGAGUUUCAAUUAUAGAAAUAGCCUUAAAAGACAUCAUAGAAUCCACACCGGGGAGAAGCCUUAUAAAUGCUCAGACUGUGGGAAGAGUUUCAGUCAGAGUUCAGACCUUAACAAUCAUCACAGGAUCCACACAGGGGAGAAGCCUUAUAAAUGCUCAGAGUGUGGGAAGAGUUUUCGUCGGAGCUCAAGUCUUGAUGCCCAUCACAGGAUCCACACAGGAGAGAAGCCCUAUAAAUGCUUAGAGUGUGGGAAGUGUUUCAGUCAGAGUUCAUACCUUAACACUCAUCACAUGAUCCACACAGGGGAGAAGCCCUAUAAAUGCUUAGAGUGUGGGAAGAGUUUCAGUCAGAGUUCAGACCUUAACACUCAUCACAGGAUCCACACAGGGGAGAAGCCCUAUAAAUGCUUAGAAUGUGGGAAGAGUUUCAAUUCUAGAAAUAGCCUUAAAAGGCAUCACAGAAUCCACACCGGGGAGAAGCCUUAUAAAUGCUCAGACUGUGGGAAGAGUUUCAGUCAGAGUUCAGACCUUAACAAUCAUCACAGGAUCCACACAGGGGAGAAGCCGUAUAAAUGCUCAGAGUGUGGGAAGAGUUUUCGUUGGAGCUCAAGUCUUGAUGCCCAUCACAGGAUCCACACAGGAGAGAAGCCCUAUAAAUGCUUAGAGUGUGGGAAGAGUUUCAGUCAGAGUUCAGACCUUAACACUCAUCACAGCAUCCACACAGGGGAGAAGCCCCAUAAAUGCUUAGAGUGUGGGAAGAGUUUCAGUCAGAGUUCAGACCUUAACACUCAUCACAGGAUCCACACAGGGGAGAAGCCUUAUAAAUGCUCAGAGUGUGGGAAGAGUUUCAGUCAGAGUUCAGACCUUAACACCCAUCACAGGAUCCACACAGGCGAGAAGCCUUAUAAAUGCUUAGAGUGUGGGAAGAGUUUCAGUUAUAGAAAUAACCUUAAAAGACAUCACAGGAUCCACACAGGAGAGAACCCUUAUAAAUGCUUAGAAUGUGGGAAGAGUUUCAGACGGAGCUCAAGUCUUGAUGCCCAUCACAGGAUCCACACAGGAGAGAAGCCUUAUCAAUGUUUAGAGUGUGGGAAGUGUUUCAAUUAUAGAAAGAGCCUUAAAAGACAUCACAGGAUCCACACUGGUGAGAAGCCCUAUAAAUGCUUAGAGUGCGGGAAGAGUUUCAGUCAGAAUUCACACCUUAACACCCAUCACAGGAUUCACACAGGAGAGAAGCCCUAUAAAUGCUUAGAAUGUGGGAAGAGUUUCAGUCAGAGUUCAGACCUUAACACCCAUCACAGGAUCCACACAGGAGAGAAGCCCUAUAAAUGCUUAGAAUGUGGGAAGAGUUUCAAUUAUAGAAAGAGCCUUCAAAGACAUCACAGGAUCCACACAGGGGAGAAGCCUUAUAAAUGCUCAGAGUGUGGGAAGAGUUUCAAUUAUAGAAACAGCCUUAAAAGACAUCACAGGAUCCACACAGGGAAGAAGCUCUAUAAAUGCUCAGAGUGUGGGAAGAGUUUCAAUUAUAGAAAUAGCCUUAACACCCAUCACAGGAUCCACACAGGGGCAAAGCCUUAUAAAUGCUCAGAGUGUGGGAAGAGUUUCAGUCAGAGUUCAAACCUUAACACUCAUCACAUGAUCCACACAGGGGAGAAGCCUUAUAAAUGCUCAGAGUGUGGGAAGAGUUUCAGUCGGAGUUCAGCCCUUAACACUCAUCACAGGAUCCACACAGGAGAGAAGCCCUAUAAAUGCUUAGAGUGUGGGAAGAAUUUCAGUCAGAGUUCUGACCUUAACAUCCAUCACAGGAUCCACACAGGGGAGAAGCCUUAUAAAUGCUCAGAGUGUGGGAAGAGUUUCAGUCAGAGUUCAGACCUUAACACCCAUCACAGGAUCCACACAGGAGAGAAGCCCUAUACAUGCUUGGAGUGUGGGAAGAGUUUCAGUUCUAGAGAUAGCGUUAAAAAACAUCACAGGAACCACACAGGAGAGAAGCCCUAUAAAUGCUUAGAGUGUGGGAAGAGUUUCAGUCAGAGUUCAGAUCUUAACACCCAUCACAGGAUCCACACAGGAGAGAAGACUUAUAAAUGCUUACCCUAUAAAUGCUUCGAGUGUGGGAAGAGUUUCAGUCAGAGUUCAGGCCUUGACACCCAUCACAGGAUCCACACAGGAGAGAAGCCUUAUAAAUGCUUAGAGUGUGGGAAGAGUUUCAGUCGGAGCUCACACCUUGACACCCAUCACAGGAUCCACACAGGAGAGAAGCCUUAUAAAUGCUUAGAGUGUGGGAAGAGUUUCAGUCAGAGUUCAAGCCUUGACGCCCAUCACAGGAUCCACACAGGAGAGAAGCCCUAUACAUGCUUAGAGUGUGGGAAGAGUUUCAGUUCUAGAGAUAGCGUUAAAAAACAUCACAGGAUCCACACAGGAGAGAAGCCUUAUAAAUGCCUAGAGUGCGGGAAGAGCUUCAAUGACCCUACAACCUUUAGAAGACAUCGAAGUAUUCACACUGGUGAGAAGCCUUAUAAAUGCUUAGAGUGUGGGAAGAGUUUUCGUCAGAGCUCAAGUCUUGAUGCCCAUCACAGGAUCCACACAGGAGAGAAGCCUUAUAAAUGCUUAGAGUGUGGGAAGAGUUUCAGUCGGAGCUCAAGACUUGAUGCCCAUCACAGGAUCCACACAGGAGAGAAGCCUUAUCAAUGUUUAGAGUGUGGGAAGAGUUUCAAUUUUAGAAAUAUCCUUAAAAGACAUCACAGGAUCCACACUGGUGAGAAGCCCUAUAAAUGCUUAGAGUGUGGGAAGAGUUUCAGGUACAGCUCAAACCUUGACAGCCAUCAAAAGAUCCACACAGGGGAGAAGCCUUAUAAAUGCUCAGAGUGUGGGAAGAGUUUCUGUCAGAGUUCAGGCUUUGAGACCCAUCACAGGAUCCACACAGGCGAGAAGCCCUAUAAAUGCUCAGAGUGUGGGAAGAGUUUCAGUCAGAGUUCAGACCUUAACGUCCAUCACAGGAUCUACACAGGCGAGAAGCCUUAUAAAUGCUUAGAGUGUGGGAAGAGUUUCAAUUAUAGAAAUAGCCUUAAAAGACAUCACAGGAUCCACACUGGUGAGAAGCCUUAUAAAUGCUUAGAGUGUGGGAAGAGUUUUAUUUACUUCUCAAGCCUUGACACCCAUCACAGGAUCCACACAGGGAAGAAGCCUUAUAAAUGCUCAGAGUGUGGGAAGAGUUUCAGUCAGAGUUCAGACCUUGACACCCAUCACAGGAUCCACACAGGAGAGAAGCCUUAUAAAUGCUUAGAGUGUGGGAAGAGUUUCAGUUAUAGAAACAGCCUUAAAAGACAUCAUAGAAUCCACACCGGGGAGAAGCCUUAUAAAUGCUCAGACUGUGGGAAGAGUUUCAGUCAGAGUUCAGACCUUAACAAUCAUCACAGGAUCCACACAGGGGAGAAGCCUUAUAAAUGCUCAGAGUGUGGGAAGAGUUUUCGUCGGAGCUCAAGUCUUGAUGCCCAUCACAGGAUCCACACAGGAGAGAAGCCCUAUAAAUGCUUAGAGUGUGGGAAGAGUUUCAGUCAGAGUUCAUACCUUAACACUCAUCACAUGAUCCACACAGGGGAGAAGCCCUAUAAAUGCUUAGAGUGUGGGAAGAGUUUCAGUCAGAGUUCAGACCUUAACACUCAUCACAGGAUCCACACAGGGGAGAAGCCCUAUAAAUGCUUAGAAUGUGGGAAGAGUUUCAAUUCUAGAAAUAGCCUUAAAAGGCAUCACAGAAUCCACACCGGGGAGAAGCCUUAUAAAUGCUCAGACUGUGGGAAGAGUUUCAGUCAGAGUUCAGACCUUAACAAUCAUCACAGGAUCCACACAGGGGAGAAGCCGUAUAAAUGCUCAGAGUGUGGGAAGAGUUUUCGUCGGAGCUCAAGUCUUGAUGCCCAUCACAGGAUCCACACAGGAGAGAAGCCCUAUAAAUGCUUAGAGUGUGGGAAGAGUUUCAGUCAGAGUUCAGACCUUAACACUCAUCACAUGAUCCACACAGGGGAGAAGCCCUAUAAAUGCUUAGAGUGUGGGAAGAGUUUCAGUCAGAGUUCAGACCUUAACACUCAUCACAGGAUCCACACAGGGGAGAAGCCUUAUAAAUGCUCAGAGUGUGGGAAGAGUUUCAGUCAGAGUUCAGACCUUAACACCCAUCACAGGAUCCACACAGGCGAGAAGCCUUAUAAAUGCUUAGAGUGUGGGAAGAGUUUCAGUUAUAGAAAUAACCUUAAAAGACAUCACAGGAUCCACACAGGAGAGAACCCUUAUAAAUGCUUAGAAUGUGGGAAGAGUUUCAGGUACAGCACAAACCUUGACACCCAUCACAAGAUCCACACAGGCGAGAAGCAUAAAUGUUUAGAAUGCAGAAAGAGCUUCAAUGACCAUACAACCUUUAGAAGACAUCGAAGUAUUCACACUGGUGAGAAGCCUUAUAAAUGCUUAGAGUGCAAGAAGAGCUUUAUUCACCGUAGAAACUUUAAACAGCAUCAAAGAAUCCACUAUAGGGAGAAAUCCUUUAAAUGCGGGAAGAGUUUUAGACGGAGCUCAAGUCUUGAUGCCCAUCACAGGAUCCACACAGGAGAGAAGCCUUAUCAAUGUUUAGAGUGUGGGAAGUGUUUCAAUUAUAGAAAGAGCCUUAAAAGACAUCACAGGAUCCACACUGGUGAGAAGCCCUAUAAAUGCUUAGAGUGCGGGAAGAGUUUCAGUCAGAAUUCACACCUUAACACCCAUCACAGGAUCCACACAGGAGAGAAGCCCUAUAAAUGCUUAGAAUGUGGGAAGAGUUUCAGUCAGAGUUCAGACCUUAACACCCAUCACAGGAUCCACACAGGAGAGAAGCCCUAUAAAUGCUUAGAAUGUGGGAAGAGUUUCAAUUAUAGAAAGAGCCUUCAAAGACAUCACAGGAUCCACACAGGGGAGAAGCCUUAUAAAUGCUCAGAGUGUGGGAAGAGUUUCAAUUAUAGAAAUAGCCUUAAAAGACAUCACAGGAUCCACACAGGGAAGAAGCUCUAUAAAUGCUCAGAGUGUGGGAAGAGUUUCAGUUAUAGAAAUAGCCUUAACACCCAUCACAGGAUCCACACAGGGGCAAAGCCUUAUAAAUGCUCAGAGUGUGGGAAGAGUUUCAGUCAGAGUUCAAACCUUAACACUCAUCACAUGAUCCACACAGGGGAGAAGCCUUAUAAAUGCUCAGAGUGUGGGAAGAGUUUCAGUCGGAGUUCAGCCCUUAACACUCAUCACAGGAUCCACACAGGAGAGAAGCCCUAUAAAUGCUUAGAGUGUGGGAAGAAUUUCAGUCAGAGUUCUGACCUUAACACCCAUCACAGGAUCCACACAGGGGAGAAGCCUUAUAAAUGCUCAGAGUGUGGGAAGAGUUUCAGUCAGAGUUCAGACCUUAACACCCAUCACAGGAUCCACACAGGAGAGAAGCCCUAUACAUGCUUAGAGUGUGGGAAGAGUUUCAGUUCUAGAGAUAGCGUUAAAAAACAUCACAGGAACCACACAAGAGAGAAGCCCUAUAAAUGCUUAGAGUGUGGGAAGAGUUUCAGUCAGAGUUCAGAUCUUAACACCCAUCACAGGAUCCACACAGGAGAGAAGACUUAUAAAUGCUUAGUGUGUGGGAAGAGUUUCAAUGAUAGAAAUAGCCUUAAAAAUCAUCACAGGAUCCACACAGGAGAGAAGCCUUAUAAAUGCCUAGAGUGUGGGAAGAGUUUCAGUAAUAGAAAUAGCCUUAAAUAUCACCACAGGAGCCACACUGGUGAGAAGCCCUAUAAAUGCUUCGAGUGUGGGAAGAGUUUCAGUCAGAGUUCAGGCCUUGACACCCAUCACAGGAUCCACACAGGAGAGAAGCCUUAUAAAUGCUUAGAGUGUGGGAAGAGUUUCAGUCGGAGCUCACACCUUGACACCCAUCACAGGAUCCACACAGGAGAGAAGCCUUAUAAAUGCUUAGAGUGUGGGAAGAGUUUCAGUCAGAGUUCAAGCCUUGACGCCCAUCACAGGAUCCACACAGGAGAGAAGCCCUAUACAUGCUUAGAGUGUGGGAAGAGUUUCAGUUCUAGAGAUAGCGUUAAAAAACAUCACAGGAUCCACACAGGAGAGAAGCCUUAUAAAUGCCUAGAGUGCGGGAAGAGCUUCAAUGACCCUACAACCUUUAGAAGACAUCGAAGUAUUCACACUGGUGAGAAGCCUUAUAAAUGCUUAGAGUGUGGGAAGAGUUUUCGUCAGAGCUCAAGUCUUGAUGCCCAUCACAGGAUCCACACAGGCGAGAAGCCUUAUAAAUGCCUAGAGUGUGGGAAGAGUUUCAGGUACAGCUCAAACCUUAACACCCAUCACAAGAUCCACACAGGCAUGAAGCCCUAUGAAUGCUUCGAGUGCGGGAAGAGUUUUAGUCGGAGCUCAAGACUUGAUGCCCAUCAGAGGAUCCACACAGGAGAGAAGCCUUAUCAAUGUUUAGAGUGUGGGAAGAGUUUCAGUCAUAGUUCAGCCCUUAACACUCAUCACAGGAUCCACACAGGAGAGAAGCCUUAUCAAUGUUUAGAGUGUGGGAAGAGUUUCAGUCAGAGUUCAGCCCUUAACACCCAUCACAGGAUCCACACAGGAGAGAAGCCUUAUCAAUGUUUAGAGUGUGGGAAGAGUUUCAGUCAGUGUUCAGACCUUAACACUCAUCACAGGAUCCACACAGGAGAGAAGCCUUAUAAAUGCUCAGAGUGUGGGAAGAGUUUCAGUCAGAGAUCAUGCUGUAACACUCAUCACAGGAUCCACACAGGAGGGAAGCCUUAUCAAUGCUUAGAGUGUGGGAAGAGUUUCAGUCAGAGUUCAGCCCUUAACACUCAUCACAGGAUCCACACAGGAGAGAAGCCUUAUAAAUGCUUAGAGUGUGGGAAGAGUUUCAAUUAUAGAAAUAGCCUUAAAAAUCAUCACAGGAUCCACACAGGAGAGAAGCCCUAUAAAUGCUUUGAGUGUGGGAAGAGUUUCAAUGACAGAAAUAGUCUUAAAAAUCAUCACAGGAUCCACACAGGCGAGAAGCCCUAUAAAUGCUUAGAAUGUGGGAAAAGUUUCAGUCAGAGUUCAAGCCUUGACACCCAUCACAGGAUCCACACAGGAGAGGAGCCCUAUAAAUGCUUAUUGUGUGGGAAGAGUUUCAGUUAUAGAAAUAGUCUUAAAAAUCAUCACUGGAUCCACACUGGUGAAAAGCCCUAUAAAUGCUUAGAAUGUGGGAAGAGUUUCAGUCAUAGUUCAGACCUUAACACUCAUCACAGGAUCCACACAGGAGAGAAGCCUUAUAAAUGCUCAGAUUGUGGGAAGAGUUUCAGUCGGAGUUCAGACCUUAACACUCAUCACAGGAUCCACACAGGAGAGAAGCCUUAUAAAUGCUCAGAGUGUGGGAAGAGUUUCAGUCGGAGUUCAGCCCUUGACACCCAUCACAGGAUCCACACAGGCGAGAAGCCUUAUAAAUGCUCAGAGUGUGGGAAGAGUUUCAGUCAGAGUUCAGGCCUUGACACCCAUCACAGGAUCCACACAGGAGAGAAGCCCUAUACAUGCUUAGAGUGUGGGAAGAGUUUCAGUUAUAGAAAUAGCCUUAAAAAUCAUCACAGGAUCCACACAGGCAUGAAGCCCUAUGAAUGCUUAGAGUGCGGGAAGAGUUUUAGUCGGAGCUCAAGCCUUGAUGCCCAUCACAGGAUCCACACAGGAGAGAAGCUCUAUAAAUGCUUAGAGUGUGGGAAGAGUUUCAGUCAGAGUUCAGCCCUUAACACCCAUCACAGGAUCCACACAGGAGAGAAACCCUAUAAAUGCUUAGAGUGUGGGAAGAGUUUCAUAGAUAGAAAUAGCCUUAAAAAUCAUCACAGGAUCCACACAGGAGAGAAGCCUUAUAAAUGCUCAGAGUGUGGAAAGAGUUUCAGUCAGAGUUCAGACCUUAACACCCAUCACAGGAUCCACACAGGGGAGAAGCCUUAUAAAUGCUCAGAGUGUGGAAAGAGUUUCAGUAAGAGUUCAGACCUUAACACCCAUCGCAGGAUCCACACAGGAGAGAAGCCCUAUAAAUGCUCAGAGUGUGGGAAGAGUUUCAGUAAGAGUUCAGACCUUAACACCCAUCGCAGGAUCCACACCGGAGAGAAGCCCUAUAAAUGCUUAGAAUGUGGGAAGAGUUUCAGUUCUAGAGAUAGUGUUAAAAAACAUCACAGGAUCCACACUGGUGAGAAGCCCUAUAAAUGCUCAGAGUGUGGGAAGAGUUUCAGUCAGAGUUCAGACCUUAACACCCAUCACAGGAUCCACACAGGAGAGAAGCCCUAUAAAUGCUUAGAGUGUGGGAAGAGUUUCAGUCAGAGUUCAGGCCUUGAGGCCCAUCACAGGAUCCACACAGGGGAGAAGCCUUAUAAAUGCUCAGAGUGUGGGAAGAGUUUCAGUUAUAGAAAUAGCCUAAAAAGGCAUAACAGGAUCCACACAGGAGAGAAGCCCUAUAAAUGCUUAGAGUGCGGGAAGAGUUUCAGUCAGAGUUCAGACCUUAACACUCAUCACAGGAUCCACACAGGAGAGAAGCCUUAUAAAUGCUUAGAGUGUGGGAAGAGUUUCAGUCAGAUUUCAGAAUUUAACACUCAUCACAGGAUCCACACAGGAGAGAAGACUUAUAAAUGCUUAGAGUGUGGGAAGAGUUUCAAUGAUAAAAAUAGCAUUAAAAAUCAUCACAGGAUCCACGUAGGAGAGAAGCCCUAUAAAUGCUUAGAGUGUGGGAAGAGUUUCAUUCACAGUUCAGAACUUAACACCCAUCACAGGAUCCACGCAGGAGAGAAGCCUUAUCAAUGCUUAGAGUGUGGGAAGAGUUUCAGUUAUAGAAAUAGCCUUAAAGGGCAUCACAGGAUCCACACAGGGGAGAAGCCUUAUAAAUGUUUAGAGUGUGGGAAGAGUUUCAGUUAUAGAAAUAGCCUUAAAUAUCAUCACAGAAGCCACACUGGUGAGAAGCCCUAUAAAUGCCUAGAGUGUGGGAAGAGUUUCCCUCAGAGUUCAGGUCUUGACACCCAUCACAGGAUCCACACAGGAGAGAAGCCUUAUAAAUGCUUAGAGUGUGGGAAGAGUUUCAGUUAUAGAAAUAGCCUUAAAUAUCAUCACAGGAGCCACACUGGUGAGAAGCCCUAUAAAUGCCUAGAGUGUGGGAAGAGUUUCCGUCAUAGUUCAGGCCUUGACACCCAUCACAGUAUCCACACAGGCGAGAAGCCUUAUAAAUGCUUAGAGUGUGGGAAGAGUUUCAGUCAGAGUUCAGGCCUUGACACCCAUCACAGGAUCCACACAGGCGAGAAGCCCUAUAAAUGCCUAGAGUGUAGGAAGAGUUUCAGGUACAGCUCAACCCUUUACACCCAUCACAAGAUCCACACAGGCAAGAAGCCCAUAAAUGUUUAG